UCUCCACUCCCCCACCCGCCUCCUCUCCAUCGUGCCAUCCCCCCACCCGCCCCCAAGCACACCGAUCGAUCCAAUCCCGGUCGCCGCUGCUGCCGGAUUCGCCCGCCGACCAACCCGCACAAGCUCGCUCCCGCGCGUGCCGCCAUGCUGGCCUCGGCGAGGGGGUUCUGGGGGCGGCACCGCCGGAAGAUCCUCGUCUCGCUGGGCGUCGCGGGAGCGGGCUACGCCGCCUACCGCCUCUACGACGCGCACCGCGCCCAGCUCGUGCGGGUGGAGCAGCUGCGCGCCAGGGAGGAGCAGGCCGCCGACGACCUCGUCAAGAACCAGCUACAGGAACACUUUGAGAAGGUGCAGAGCAUUUGCGACAGUACCACAUUGCCUUUGGCCAUGCAUCAGCUCUGUGAAAAGAUAAUGAGUGAACUGGAUAUUUCAAAAUUGAUUGACAAGCUGCGGCAAGGGAAGGUAGAAUCAAGCGCACUGACACCAAAGGAGAAGUAUGAUACUUGGGAGGAGAUUAAGAUUAAGAGUUUCACAAAGACAGUUUCUUCAAUAUGGGCAAUGACAUUGCUUAGCUUGUACACUAGAGUUCAGGUCACCAUAUUAGGCAGGCAUCUAUACUUAGAUUUUGCCCGCGGUUCACAUCGUGCACAGAUACAGGAAGAGUCUGAUACCUUCAGUGAAAAUGGACACAAGAGCUUCCUUACAACGGCGGAUUAUCUUCCAACUGGCAAAAUCAAUGCAUACAUAAUGCAAAUGCAACAUGCUGCGACAGAAGUCCUAAAAGAGAAGCAGCUGAAAGACCUUAUGAGCACGGACCAAGUAUUGCAAACAGUAUUACAAAUAUUGGACAUGUUCAUGGGUCUUUGUGAAGAUAACUCAUGGAUAAAUUACCUUGUACCUGAUGAUGCCAGUGUUCAUGCACAGUUGAUGGCAGUGUCUAGUACUGGAUUUGAUGAUUCAUCACUCCUAAAUGAUUUCAGAAAGCUAGAACAACUAAUGGCUGAGACACGAAUAGUAUUGGCAAGCGAUGAUUUUAAAAAUAUCAUGGAGAGGUCACUGAGGAAGAUAGCUGACAUGGUGAUUGAGGACCUGGCUGCGCAGACUGGAAUUCCAAGUCCUCCGUCAGGAUUGCCCUUAGCGACACUUCUGCCCAGAGUUGCCCAUCUGAGUUCACCAUUGCUUGUGGAGCCGAACAAGAACAAACACAUUCAGAUGAUCCGAAGUAUGCCUGAAGUGGAGCUCUUCUACACAUUCCUGUAUGCAAACAUGCCACCGGAAACAUGAUCUUUGUGCUGAUGUGGAAACAACACUUCUGAAUUUUGGCUCCAACAGUCUGGCGGUGUGUGGAUGUUGAACAUUCUGCAAAUCUGGAACCCAAGAAAAAAACAUGGAGACACAGAAUGCUCAUAUCUGCCCCUGUAUAUGCUGAGAUAUUCCGCCGUUGCUAACAGGAAGUAACUGAGUGGAGUUCCUUCCAUCUGGAUUCUCUUUCUUUGAAGUUUGGGUUGUGCGUGUCUAGUUAGAACCCCACGCUCUGGUUCUCCUAUUUGCUAUAUUUUUGGGAGCUUACACGGUCACAAUUGUUGUGGAUUUUUAAUGGGUAAAAUGAUUAAUGUAUACUACAUUUCAACUGAGUAGGGCCUUUUUCUUGGGUGAAAUGUGUUACUUCACAUUUCAACUCAGUUGAGUCUUUUUUUGGGCGAAUGAAUAUUGGAGUCCGCAGUUUGGGACCUGAAAGGCAUAUAUUCUUGCUUGCACAAUUAUAUUGUGCUGUGGAGAGAAGUUAAUUCCUUGAAUAUUUGAGACAA